GAGUUGCCAGUAAUUAAAUGGGGGAGCAGAACGGGGGGAGGGGUGGUUUCUUCUUCUCUCGCUUUUCUUUCUGCUUCUGCCUACCAACCAAUGUACCCGGAAACGUCCAUUUCUCUCCUCUAAAACCUCACUCCAACGAAAAAACAGAGAAGAAAAAAGACAACUCCUUUUCUCGCAUUCGGAAAAAUCAUGGAUAGAUAGAUAGAGAAGAGGAACAACCCCCCCCCACAAAAAAAAAAAAGAAAAAAAAAAAGAAAACGAAAAAAAAGAGCAAAACCCGAAUCCCCUUUCCUCCCAAAACUCAGCUUCUUUGAAAAAAAUCCGUUUCGGUCCGUUGGAGAAGGAUGAGCACGAACAAGUUCCAAAUCUUUGAUUCUCUACCGGCCUAGUGAAAUCGGUCUCUCAUGGCCAAGCGCGUCUACCAAGUUUGGAAAGGAAGCAAUAGGUUUAUUUUGGGUGGGAGGUUGAUAUUUGGACCUGAUGCUAGGUCACUGCUUAUCACUGUAUCACUCAUUCUUGUUCCAGUUGUGGUAUUUUGUGUACUUGUUGCGGGAAAGCUUCUCCACAAGUUUCCUGCAUAUAAUGCAGGAUAUGCGAUUCUGGUGGUAGCAAUCGUCUUCACUAUCUAUGUAUUGGUGUUGCUUCUUGUUACUUCUGCCCAAGAUCCAGGUAUCAUCCCACGUGCUUCACAUCCACCAGAGGAGGAAUUUUGUUUCGAUUCUUCAGCUUCGGUCGAUGUUGGUGGAAGACAAACACCAAGCCUACAAUUUCCUCGUACCAAGGAAGUUAUGGUUAAUGGAAUGCCUGUGAAGAUCAAGUAUUGUGAUACAUGCAUGCUAUAUCGUCCUCCUCGUUGCUCUCAUUGCUCUAUUUGCAAUAAUUGUGUGGAACGCUUUGAUCACCAUUGCCCCUGGGUGGGUCAAUGCAUAGGACAGCGCAAUUAUCGUUACUUCUUCCUAUUCGUUACUUCCUCGACCGUUCUCUGCAUCUAUGUGUUUUCAAUGUCAGCAUUGUACAUAAAGAUUCUCAUGGAUGGGGGUUACCCGACAGUUUGGAGGGCAAUGAAAGAAUCUCCUGCUUCGGUGGUACUCAUGGCCUAUUGUUUCAUUUCUCUGUGGUUUGUUGGUGGUCUUACUGGCUUCCAUUUAUACCUUAUAGGCACCAACCAGACCACAUACGAGAAUUUUCGGUAUAGAGCUGACAACAGGGUUAACGUAUACAACCGAGGUUGUUUGAGGAAUUUUCUAGAAGUAUUCUGCAGCAGGACAAAGCCUUCAAGAAACAAGUUCCGUGCCUACGUACAAGAGGAGGCAUCAAGACCUCCUAUGUCCCGGGCUCGGGAGAUGGACGCCGAUGAUUCUGCUGUAUCAGACCCACGUCCAAAAGUUGAAGAUGAUCUGGAGAUUGGUGGGGACCUAUUGAAGAUCUCCCAGCGUCAUAACUUUGAGGAUGUCAAUGAGGAGAUCCAUGGCAGCAACAACAAUGGACCAGACAAUGUUGCAUCAGAGUCCGAAUUUGCUUUCAGUUCAGGCCAGCAAUCUCCGGCUGUUGUAUUGGAGGCACGUCACUGGAGUCGGGGUGUGAGAAGUGGGAGCUGGGAGAUCCUACCAGAGAUUCUUGCAAUGAAUUCUUCAGUCACUGAAAGCCGAAGUCACAUGCAGAAGGAAGGACGCCAUUAGGUCCCUAUUUUGGUUGAUUUCAUGUGAAAUUGUUACCCUCAUGUGCACGGCGCUCAAACAGAAAUAUAUAUAACGUGGUCCCUUGUCUGAGAGAGGAUUAAUCUGGACUGUUGAUCUUUGAAAUUGCCAUCAACUUCGUAAAAUAUCAUGGAUGCAUUCCUGGGAGCCAAACAUGCCUUUUGGGUACAUAACAUUGUGGGGGUGUAAGUUCAAUUUCUUUCAAAGGUAGUGGUGUAACUUGUAGGCAUGACAGUGUCAUCAUCAUGCCUCAUUUUCUUCCAAGUAAUAUUGUGUAACGGUUUCAUACUAAGGUUUGUGAAUCUGAAUGCUUGGGUGAUUCUUUUUUUUUUU